AUGGUUCAACCACAAAACCUCCUUCACCUGAACCGACAACUCCAGGGGGAGGUGACGGUGGUUCAACCACAAAACCUCCUUCACCUGAACCGACAACUCCAGGGGGAGGUGACGGUGGUUCAACCACAAAACCUCCUUCACCUGAACCGACAACUCCAGGGGGAGGUGACGGUGGUUCAACCACAAAACCUCCUUCACCUGAACCGACAACUCCAGGGGGAGGUGACGGUGGUUCAACCACAAAACCUCCUUCACCUGAACCGACAACUCCAGGGGGAGGUGACGGUGGUUCAACCACAAAACCUCCUUCACCUGAACCGACAACUCCAGGGGGAGGUGACGGUGGUUCAACCACAAAACCUCCUUCACCUGAACCGACAACUCCAGGGGGAGGUGACGGUGGUUCAACCACAAAACCUCCUUCACCUGAACCGACAACUCCAGAGGGAGGUGAUGGUGGUUCAACCACAAAACCUCCUCCACCUACUACCGAAGCACCAAGUGAGGAUGGCAUGAUUUGAAAAUUGCUUCAAGGUCGAACAUAGUGCAAUGCUAAAUUGUUUAUUUUAUUUUAGAUCCAUGCACCCCUGGCACAUGUGGCGAUGGCAGUACCUGUAUACCUCUUUUUAAUCAAAACUUUGAAUGCAAGUGUUUGGCUGGUGAUAACUACAAUAAAAAGACCCAGUCAUGCGAUCGUGGUAAGUUCUCUUGUAUUAUUGAUUAAAUCAGGGUUUGUUUGUUUUUUUUUGUUGUUGUUGUUGUUGUUCAAUGAAAAAGCUACAACAAGAUUAAUUGUUAUAGCUUUAAUUAAAUAUAAAUGUGUGCUUCUUGGGAUAACUGGGAGUUAGUUAGUUUCCCAGCAUAGACCUACUGUAAUCAUUUAUUGCAAUGACCUUUUUGCAGCUAAUUCUGGUCAUUGCAGUCUGUUCAGAAAUGUCAAACACAUUUCAGAAGACCUGUAAGACAUUAUUUUUUAGAAAAUAUAUACCCUGUUAGUGCAGCAUUUUGUAUAUAUGGACAAAUAUUAUACUCCCUACCUCUAAUACGAGUAAUAUGAUUGGCAUUUGUUCUGACAAAUGUAAAGCUCAAUGUAGAAGACAACAGCUGAGAUUAGCAUUAGUCCUAUUGCAACCCAGCCCUUUUAAUAGUUUGAAUUUUGGAGUUUUUAUUUUACUAUUGUGUCAAACAUAUGAUAUUGUAUUUUCUUGUUUUAGCAAAAGUUUUCCCUGGACAGCUUUCUCUUCCUAACGUAGAUGGAAAAAACCUAGACGACCAGAGAUCAAAAGAAUUUUCGAAGGUCUCAAGUGAAGUCAUCAAAGAGGUAAGCAAUUGUUUCAUGUUUUUUUUUUUUUUUUAAAUCAGCUAUGUGGAUGAAGUGUUAUUGCAUGCAGCCACUUUACUAGUAAAUGUACAUCUUACUCAUCUGUGCUGCUGCUGUGUAGUUACCUGAGUCUUGUGCAAUGAGUGCACUAUAUUUCAGCACUAUGGCUACACCAUUAAAAUAAUCUUGAGGCUGUGUCCUUCAAUCAGCUAAAAAAAAUCUGUUUUCUUUCUAAAACAGCUGCAAAAUGCUCUUGGUUCUGACUCUGGCUACAUUAGAUCUACAGUGCUGAGAUUCCUGUAAGUAUCUGAGUGACAACAUUUUUACCAUCUGACUGUUUCUUUAUUGGGAAUCAUAUUUUUUUGCAAUACAGUAUCAGCAUACUGCUGUUAAUCAUUAAAGAAUGUGAUAAUCAAUAAAUGUAUUUCUUUCAACAUAGAGUACCAGGCAGUACCAGAUUUUGGUCAAGGGAAGAGAAUAGUGUCUUAGCAGAUGUGGAGAACAUAUAUGAGACAACAGCUGAUAUUACAGCAGCCAAGAUUCAAAAAUCAGUGACGGAACACAUUCAGAAAUUACCUGGUGGCUCUGAAUUGGGUGGAGGAACCUUUACUGGUAAGUUUAUCAGCACAGGGGAGCAAAUCCAAUCUUUGUGUUAAUUAAUAGUAUGAUCUCUGUAAUAGCUGUUCAAGCAAGACAUAAUUUUUAUAUAUACUAUAAUUAAAGAGUUUGCCACAUAAUCUCAAAUUUAUCCAUAUACUUCCAUCCAACAUUUCAACAUGAAAGAAGUCUUUGAAUACGUACAGUUUGCUUUGACAUCCCUCCUGUAAAAUCAUUGGUCGAUCACUAUCAGAGCUGUGAAAUGCAGAAGCACCUGUGGCUAUGAUGAUUUUAGAACUACAUGCACUUUGAGCUUUUGACUCAGUGUGAGAAAACGCUUUUCCUCAAAACGGAUUAAAGGAAAGAGGAUAGGCGUCCAUCACACUGGGUUAACAGAACAGAUGAGAAAUUUGCAACUUGAUUCAUUGCUGGUAAAAUCAGCCAGGAUUAUGAAACUGAUGCGGCUAUAACAUGCAGCAUUACUCUUGUUCUUAAGAGACUGGUGUUUGCUACUUUUCUACCUUGUGAGCACUAGAUGUAAUGCUGAACUUGGGUUAAAAACAGGAUGAAGUUACAUCAGAAAACAACUAGAUUUAUUUUUAACCAACAGGAACACAGUCCUGACAUCCUCCUGUCUAAAAAACAAAACAAAGCAACUUUCAAAACUUCCUAAAGAAAAAGAAAAACAAAUAUUGCUCAUGCUCUGGUACUUCAGAUGGGUGGCUUUGAUUCCAGAGAUCCCUGGAUGCUGAAUUAUACUACUUGCAUUGUAGUUAAAAACAACUAAGAAGUUGACAAAAGAGACCAAUAGUAGAGUCAUCGAGUUAUGAGUUGCUACUUACGGUGCUUUUCACACAUUUCAGACUUGAGCUCAUAUCUAAUUAUUUGUUUUCAAGUGGGCUUCAUAUUCUGUGCCUCUGUUCUUAUUUGAGUUGGCUGCAAUGAUCUUCUUAUUUGCCUUUCUUUAAAGAGGGGGACCUGUGUGAAGGGAACGCCUGUGAUGCAACAACCACCACGUGCACACCAGCUGAGGGAUCUUUUGUCUGCAACUGCUUAGCUGGCUAUAUUAAAACAACCUACGCCCAGAGGAUGUGCACUGGUAAGCUUAUUUAGCAAGUCCAAAGAAAGGACAGAGAGCGUUUGUUUAUGAAAACCAUAUCAGCCUGUCUUGGACUUGAUUAACUGAAUAUAUUUUUUUACACUCUAGCUUGUCCAAGUGGCGAGAAAGCUAGUUCAGAUAAAUGUGUCCCGUAAGUAUUUCAUUGUCAUUGCUUUUAGAUUUUGCUGCUAUUAGAUUUUACGAAUUAGAUGUCAAUCUCUGCAAAGGCAGAUAAUUGAGUGCUUUGUAAAUUUGUGUUUUAUUGAAAACUUGGUCUGAAUGCAAAUGUGAAAUUAAUCCUCUUUGUUUUCAGAUGCUCAUUUGGUUACAGUGGAUUCAACUGCAAUGAAUGUGAGUAUAUAGUAUGUGUUUGAAUGUGCAAAAACAAACAUAAUUUAGGGUAAAAUUUGCUCUUUACAAAGGACUGCAAAUAUAUCCAGCUUUCCUUUGACAUUCUUGUAGACUAAUCAUGACUCUACCUCCCCAAUUAUGUUUGUUUAUAACACCUAAAAAAUCAACAUUUAAUUUAGCUUGAAUAUGUAAACAUAUUAGUCAUAAUCCUUAUAAAUCAUCAAAUUUCUACUAAUUAUAGGUAAAUAUUAUUUCCAGCCCAGUGUUAGGCCUUGGGCUUGGCAACAAGGUCAAACAUAAUGCUAGUAUCUUUGAAGCCCUUUCACAAGUGAAGCCUCAUCAUUGAUCUCCUUGUCAUUGGGUUUUGUUAGCAUGGAAGCUUGUGCUGGUCAUCGUUGGCUCCGUGUUUGGAGGACUGCUGCUUCUCUCAGUCAUCGGCAUGAUUGUGAUGGCACGCAGGUUGGUCUCUCUGAUUCAUCUACUUCCUGCUGUUCACUUUUUUAUUUGUCAUAUUCUCUUCAUGGCACAUUAUUACAAAUCUUUUGGUGGUCCUUUUAAAUGCUUGUAGUGUUUCCAACGUAUUUUAUUUUGAGCACACAUAAAACGAAUUUUAACAAAUCUGUUCACUGAUCUAUUUUUCAAAAGAUUUAAUCCUCUCUGUCCUGUUCUGUCUUGUCAGACCUGCCAAAAAGAGUUCAAAGAAGGUAAAAGGUGAAAAUGUCAACGGCUUCUCUACCAAGGCACCACUGGUCAGCGACAGCUCAGCCAACAACCGGGCAGCUGCAGUGAACGGCCCAGCCAAUUCCUUUUCUAAUGCUGGGGUACCCAGAAUCCCACGUGCCACAACUGCAAACAGCUUGGACGGCAGAACCAACCUGGAGAUGACUCCAAGCAACAGCCGGCAAGGUUUUAACCCUGCCGCAGGAAGAAACCCAGUGAGUAUGACCGUGUAUGUUUGACAUGGGUUGGUUGGUGCUUGUCAUGUGCUUGAAGUAUUAAAACCAAUCUUGUUUCAUUGCAGCGGCUCUAUGAUGACCCCGAUGACUUAAAACCCUACUCACAGUCUCGACCCCAGAGCAGCCACUAUGCACAGUCUAGACCCCAGAGUAACCCCUAUGCCCAGAGUCGACCACAGACCAACCCAUAUGCCUCCAACCAGGGCUAUGCCAACCCUUACUACAAGCACGAUGAUGGAAGACGGUUAUAUUAG